AUGCCGAGUUCAUGUCAAGAGCUGCGCGACGCGCUCGCGCAGUGCCUCCAAGAAUCAGAAUGCGUCAUGAUCCAACGCAACAAGGCAUCCGACUGUCUCCGCGAGCCGCUCGCCAGCACACUCCCCACGAAAUGCCAACAGCUCAAAAAGGGCUACGGCGACUGCAAGCGCGGCAUGGUCGACAUGCGCAAGCGAUUCCGCGGAAACAUGCCCGUCACGUACAAGACCAUGGAGGGCGCGGAGACCGGCAAGGGGUACCAGUUGUACGCUGGCAAGCCGGCGUUUGCGGGCGGCGUCAAGGAGACGAGUGGCAAUGAGCCCAUCCCUCAGGACUGGAGGGACGUUGAGAACGAGAAGUACCGGGCAGAGCAGGCACAGCUUCUCCAGCAGCAGCAGAAUAAAUGA